UGGCAGUGGGACCGGAAGUGGCUCGGGGAGGGGAGGGGAGGGGGGCCCGGUCCCUCCUCAGGUGAAGCCGCUGCCGAUGGAGCCGCCGCUGCGGAGCCGCUGAGCCCCCCAGUCCCCACCCCCAGCGGCCGGGCCGGGGGGCCCCUCCCCCGCAGCCCCUCCCCUCAGCAAAGUACCUUAAAGAUGGAUAUAGAAGACUGCAAUGGACGCUCCUACAUAUCUGGAAUCUGUUCUUCCUGGAAGGUGAGUGGCUGAGUUCACCCUACCACUGCCAUGCAGACAUGCACACACAGCCUGUAUUUCAGUGCUGUUUCCAAGGAGUUGGCUGUGAGAACACUCCAGGGUAUCUUCAGCAAGGUAGAAUCAUGUAGUGGGGAUUCCUCUCUGGAGAAGGAGUUCAGCUCGGCGAUCGUGGGACCCACGGUGAGCACCCCAAACAGCCAGCACUCCUCCCCGAGCCGCUCCCGGAGUGCGAACUCUAUCAAGGUGGAAAUGUAUAGUGAUGAAGAAGCCAGCAGGCUGCUGUCGCAGGACGACCGCCUCCUCGAGAAAGAGGACAGCGUGAUUGUGGAGGACUCCCUCUCUGAGCCCCUGGGGUACUGUGACGGCACGGGGCAGGAACCUCACUCUCCGGGUGGCAUCCGGCUCCCCAAUGGCAAGCUGAAAUGUGACAUCUGCGGGAUGGUGUGUAUCGGCCCCAACGUGCUGAUGGUGCACAAACGGAGCCACACGGGAGAGAGGCCGUUCCACUGCAACCAGUGCGGAGCUUCCUUCACCCAGAAGGGGAACCUCCUGCGGCACAUCAAACUGCACUCUGGCGAGAAGCCCUUCAAAUGUCCCUUCUGCAACUACGCCUGCCGCCGGAGAGACGCGCUCACCGGCCACCUCCGCACGCACUCAGUCUCCUCCCCCACAGUCGGCAAGCCCUACAAAUGCAACUACUGCGGCCGGAGCUACAAGCAGCAGAGCACGCUGGAGGAGCACAAGGAGCGCUGCCACAACUAUCUGCAGAGUCUGAACGCUGAGCAGCAGUCGCUGGCCAGCCAGCAAGGCGAUGAGAUGCGAGACCUGGAGAUGGUGCCGGAUUCUCUGCUUCACUCCUCGUCCGAUCGGCCGACGUUCAUCGACCGGCUGGCGAACAGCCUCACCAAACGGAAACGCUCCACACCUCAGAAAUUUGUGGGGGAGAAGCAGAUGCGAUUCAACCUCUCCGACCUCUCCUUCGAUGUGAACUCCAGCUUCGAGAAGGACGUGGAGCUGGUGGCCGCCCACCACCCCAUCGACCCCAGUUACGGCAGCUCGCUGUCGUUUGUGGGGUCCGAGCACCUGCGCCCCCUCCGCCUCCCCUCCACAAACUGCAUCUCGGAGAUCACGCCUGUGAUCAGCUCCGUCUACACCCAGAUCCAGCCCAUCCCGGGCCGGCUGGAAAUCCCGGGGAGCCGAGAAGCCGCUGAAGGCCACGAGGACAUUCCCGAGGGGGCGCAGAUUGUGUACCGGGGGCGCGACCAGGGCGUGUCGCCCAGCAACGGCUGCCAGGAUUCCACAGACACUGACAGCAACCACGAAGAGAGGAGCUCGCAGCUGCCGGCGGGGAACUGCACCAGCAGCCGGCAGAGCCCAGCCUACGCCAAAGAGGACCCCAAGCUGCAGGAGGGCACCCCCGCUGCCCGAGCAACGCCCAGCUCAGCCAAAGACGUCCUGCGUGUGCUGAACGAGGAGGGGGAGCAGGUGAAAGCCUUCAAGUGCGAGCACUGCCGGAUCCUCUUCCUGGACCACGUGAUGUUCACCAUCCACAUGGGCUGCCACGGCUUCAGAGACCCUUUCGAGUGCAACAUCUGUGGCUACCACAGCCAGGAUCGGUACGAAUUCUCCUCCCACAUAGUGAGGGGCGAGCACAAAGUGUAGGCAAACUGCCCUCCCCCUUCGCCCUGACCUCCCUGUGACUCCUCCCCCGGCUCUAGCCCGGCCCCCCGUUGGGCGUGGACCUCUUUUUUCUUUUAUACUCCUUUGCACUGACUUUGGCUACAAAAUAUUUAAAAAAAAAAAAUCAAUAAUUAAAAAAAAAUCCCGAGGGGAGCUCUUAACGAUUUGCCUUUUUAUAAACGGAGUUAUUUAAAUAUUGUUCACGGAUUUUUUACAUUCUUUGUGCUUUUCCUUCCUGGUCCUCCCUUGGUUAUUUAUUAAGCUUUUGAUUUCUUUAGAAAACUCUCCCUAAAGCUCUUUUUGAAUUUUUGUCAGAGACUUGAUCUACUUCUCUCUGUGCCGAGAGGAGCACGUAAACCUCAAGCACAUGUUGACGUAACAUGCACACGCGUGAACACACGUCUUACGGUUUAAGCCUCUCGCCCCUGCCCCUUCCGUCUGACUCUUUUUUUGGUUUCAGUCCUGAGCCACCUGUCAAGCUGCCGUAAUCUCAGAUUAGGUGCUAAAGAGAAGAGAACUCCCCUGGCCAGGAAGCCCCGAGCUAGCCACAGGGGGUGUCCGUAGGGUGAAUGCGCCCCAAGCUUUAAUGGGAGGUGUCUCUGUGGCAUGAAACCGCCUGGAACGCAGACCAGUCCCUCCGGGAGCCUUCUGUUCCGGAGGCGGCUGGUUGACGGCUUUGUGAUGAAGUCUCCUGUAGCAGGCAGGGUGAAGCUGUCUCAGUGCCACCUGUUGAAGGAAGGUGGAGCUGUGCAGGCCGUUUGCCAGGCCUCCGACGCUCAUGGCUUUUAAGUACAAACUGCGUCUCAGUUCAGAGGUAGGAGGGUAACGGCUUGGCGGAUCUGGGUGGGAUCCAGCUGUGCCCGUGAGGAGAUUAAAGUACUUUAGCCGGGAGGAUAGCAAGCAUCUGGGAUCCGCCGGCGGGUUUUGCUGAGGAGAACAUUGGCUGAAUUCGCUUCCUUGUCAGUGUCUGGGGUCAGCUCUUGUAAGUGUGAGUAAGAAACAGGCCUAGGCCUCGGUCCUGGAUUAGGCACCUGUCACUGACUCCCGCUCCCCCAAAGCACUUUGCUUCCUUUAGCAAGGAUAGCGGUGACCCCUCUGCCUGCUGAGCCCUGGAGACCUGGACCUGAUCCCACGAGGACCUUGGUAGUGUCACCUAGUGAACGGUCGCUGGGGACGGUAUCCAGGGAAGGAAGGACGGUCAUUAAACAGGCCAGCCCCUAGGAACCCUAAUCCUGUCCCUUCAUUCCGUGCUGCCUGGUUAAAGAGUUUCUUCCUCUUCGGCAGCUUUGCCCAGGGGUCACCGCUGGGCACUUUGCCGUCUGAUUCCGUAGCUUCCCAGGGAGCACGUGUCUGGCUCUUAUUUGCACAGAGGAAUUGGGUCCGUUGCAUAAGCCCUAAAGAGCUGCACUUUCAAUGCGGAAGCUUGUUGUUGGGCUGGGUUGGGGUCGCUUUGCCCCACAGGUAGCUGUGCUGCUGCGUGGCACAGCAGAGAGAUGUGGAAGUUGUGUCUCUAGCACUUGUGCGUAAGCAGAUUGUGUCUUUAGAGUGAUGUGUUAAAUGUGUGAAUCUGGGGGGGUGGGAGGGAUUUGCUGCAUCAGAGAAGUGGCUUCCGUUGAGAGUUGCGUCUGCCCCAGCAGGCUGCUAACUCCUGGCAGGUGCUCAAGCCCCCUGGGCGAGGGAAUUGACUGGGAUCUUGCUUUGUUACUGUAUGGAAACAUCCAAGAAAUGGGGGAAGGUGACUGCUGGCUUCUGGGACUUGCAAAGCCAGCAGGAUCUGUGGGGCUGUGGGUUCUGCUGCUGCUUCCUGGAAGCAGGAAAUCAUGUCAAUGGAAACCCCCCCCCCCAAAAUAAUGAGGGGGGAGGUCCCCAGAAUCCUAGAACUAGCCGUGAUCCCCGGGAGAGGGAUUUUAAAACAGUCCAUUCAGUCCAUGGACAAAGUGCGGGAGGGCUGCACUGAUGGGGGGUUGGUAGCCAGUGGCCGGGCUUUCACCUGCUCCAGGGAGGAGGCAGAGGAGCAGGCAGCCUCCACCCUUCUUUUAUUUUUAUAGCAAAAAACCCUCCCCAUCCCCUGCAGCCAGGAUCCUGACGGUACUUGCACUUGGAAGGGGCGUGAGAGCUACACCAGGGCACUGGGUGCAAAAGGGGGGGGGAUGUGCUGUCCCCUUCCCCCAUUCAUUGGUCAGUAGGCCCCAGUGUCCGUUAACCUCACUGCUCUGUCUUAGGAAACAUGAGUCGCAGGGUGGGGGGGACCCCAGAGCCUGACUGUUCCAGUGGCCAUAACGGGGGGGCGUGAGGGGAGGGAUCCCUGCUUUAUACCAAGGCCCACGAUGCAUAAAAAUAAUCACUCAACAGCAGCCCAACAAACUGCUCCCUUGAGGUUUAAACCAAAGCCUUGUUCUUUUUCUACUAAAACAAACAGAACCACCUCACAAGCGGCAACGCUCGUUGCUCUUUCUUUUCUUCUUGCUUUUCUGUUGACGGUGUUUGUGUAUCCGGAUGUGGAACGAAACCGCUGAGCCGUUUUUUUUCUGAAGCCCGUUGGCGGCACAAACCGGCUUGGGCAGAAGGGCCGGGCAUGUCUGCUGCGAUGAGAGGUUAGGAACGUUCCCGAGCAGACAUUUGCCACCCCCCUUUCCAGUUCAUUAAUCUGAGCGUUGUGGGGCAAACUCGCUUAUUCCUUUCUGCUCUCUGCCCCAGAGCCAGUGAAAUGUUUGACUGGCUCAGAAAGCAGUUGGUACCGUUUUCCACCAAAGUGGUUUGAGCCCCAGCAGACGACGAGAAACCAGACCAUAAAAUCCUGGCAUUCUGAUUACCAUCUUCCAGCUGAAGUGCCAAGUAAAACCUGGUUUUAUCAGUCAUUCUGGAGAGGGACCAAAGUUAGAUUGAGACUAAAAUUUGCCCUAAAAUUGAGCACUGACCUCCACCUUUGGACUGGGAUUUUUCAAAAGGCACCCGACUCUCACUGACUUUCUCUGGGUGUUGGGCACUUCAUUUCUUCAAACGUGUUUGAAAACCCCAGUCCUUAAGCUUCUAAAAUAAGUGGUCUGUUACUUUUUUAUUUAUUUUUUUGGAAUUGGAGAGCACCCACAGCUGCUGCCGAAGGCCAGGAGAUCUGUAGGUGCCAGCACCUUUGAACAUAGAGCUACUUAUUCGGGGGCUGACGUGUAGACUUAGGAGCCUGAUGUCAUCCUCGUUUGAACAUGUUGACCACAGACUUUAUACCUCUCAAAAGGUGGGAUUCCUGAGCUGCAGAUGAGGGUUUUCAACUCUAGUGGGUCUUGGGCUAGCAUCUGCUUUGAACAGAACUGAAGUGAGAAGCAAGAUGUUAAUCAGAAUGACACGGUUCCGUUACUUCAGAGCAUUCGGUUCUAGGCCUAGUGCUCUGAGAGAUCUGACCUUUUCAAAGUCACUUUCAGCACUGGCCCAGGCUCGGGAGUCAAUCCCUUUUCAGAAAUAUGCUCAGAAAUCAUUUCUCUUCCCUUAUGAUCUGACUUUAGAAAUCUCCACCUAGGUACGUCGUGAAUACGAAAACCAGGCAGGACUGGCCUGGCCUUUAAGGCUUUCCGGGUGUGAUGGAUAGCAAGGUAGCAAUAAAAGGCAAAAUGGCUCGAUUGGGUGUCAUUUUUGAGAUGUCUUCUCCAACAGAGCCCCAAGCUGUCGGUUCUCGCGCAGAAACGAUGCACUUUUCCUGCCGUCUGUCUGCCACUGAGCAGGCCGAGCGAGAAGGAAACAAACAUCUUCUCUGAGCAGAGCUGGAAACAAAGCUGAGAGCGAGACGUGGGUCUCCUUUUCUUACUGUCACUGGGUAAAUUCCGUCCUGGGACGCCGGUGCCCCGGUUGGCUGCCGUUUGGGGGAUUUUGAAAGCAGGGUUGUGGUCUGAAGAGCAGACUUGUAGAAGUGACAUUAUAGCUGCUGCGUGUGCUCUCUGAUUCACUUCAAAAAAUCUAUCUUUUGACUUGCAAAGGCAACUUCUGUGCCACCAACCAUCCCCCACUGAGUGUGGAAACCCGGCUAGCUUAGUUCUACCUCCAGCCUCUAAAGUCCACAGGUGGAGCAGCACUGCUGCCUGCUAAUGCACACGGCAGGACAUAAUCACCCUUCGGGUGCUCAGCUGGCUCCUGCGGGGCUCCCGGGAGUAAAAACUCCUUUGCCCAGAUCAGAUCCGCUCAGCUUCCCUGACAGCCAAGGAGCUACAGGAAAGCAUCAGUUUUAUAGUCGCUUUCUGACCACAACCGCUGCACUGUCGUAUUGUUGAUUUGGUACGAAAUUCAGCUUAUCUGGACCUGACUGUUAUCCCCAGUAGACUGUGAAUAAGUAUGAAGAGCCCCACAACCCCCCCAUGCCUCCUGUUCCCCUUUUCAAAAGGUAAAACCAACACAAUAUUCAAAGGGGGGGGUGUUUUUUAAACAAAGGGAAAGGGAAGUUCUGAAAUUUAUAAACACCUUUUUUCCGCAUCUUUUUUCUUUUACCUGUAAAAAGAGUCUAAAACAAAUGUAGGAAUUUUGUAAAACUCCAGGUCGCUUGACUUGUGUAAAUAUAUAGAUAUUUUUUAAUCAGAUGUAUGAAGAACAAAAAAAUAUGAUGUGCAAUACCCCAGCCCUCUUCCAGCUCCGACGCCUCCUUCCUUUCGAUCGAGUUUUCAUUUGUAUAUCGUUAAUGGAUUCGCUGUUGUCUGGGUUUUUUUCCCUUUUUUGUGAGGUUAGACUCGCUUUUCAACAACAAAACUCUCUCUUACCGCAAAAGCUUUUUGUAUCUGUAAUAUAUUGUAAGUAAAUAUUUGUGUAAUGGAGAUAUACUACUGUAAGUUUUGUACUGUACUGGCUGAAAGUCUGUUAUAAAUAAACAUGAGUAAUUUAAUGUCCCGGGCCUCUUCCUGCUCAAACGUCAUGGCUUCUGGAGCAUGAUGUGCCCAAAGAUGUCCCCAUCCUCAGGAACACCUCACAAACACGGCGCAAUCUAUCCUCCCGACCCCCUGUGACAGAGGGAAGUGGCUUCCCCUGUCUGUAACAUAGGGAUCGUGACUCUGGCUUACCCAAGGCUGGCAUUGCUGGGAACUAAAGCCAGCUUUGCAGAGUCUUAGUUACAAGACUAAAGCUGGCUGGAGAAUGAUGAUUCCAGUUUGCGAGAACUUUCAAGGGUUGGAAUUUUUUUCAUUUUUGUGUCAGAGCAAAACCAAAACCUUUCAAAAGCCGCCUCCCCCCCCCAAUGGGGAAUUGUCUCGAAAUACCCUUCUUUGGAUCGAGACGUUUAGGUUUCCAAUUCAGGGGUCUCUCUUUGGAAGCGCCGGACGAGUCCACCCCGGAUCUCAGAAGCCUUCCUGUCAAAAUGCUCCAGCUCUGGAAAUGUUUCAGCUUCGAAGCAGCGUGUUGCCAUGAGAAGCCAUUCCAUGGACAAUGUUCCAGCCAGCUUGGCUAAGGACUUGUCUGCUGGGAAACUGACUAGUGGGCGGAACUGUUUGGGAAUCAUUAUUCUGCUCCAGUUCUGUUGGUCAGUUCCCCUGCAUGACAAACCCCAGGUUCAGACCCUUCCCAGGGAGAGCAGAGCAGAGAGUGCGUGUCCGUA